ACAGAUGAAUGGCGUCUGAGCUGCAUCAAUAAGGAAUUCUCUGUCUGUCCCUCCUACCCUGCAGUCGUCAUUGUCCCCAAAUCCAUUGACGACGAAGCGCUGCGGAAGGUGGCCGCGUUCCGCCACGGCGGUCGCUUCCCGGUCCUCAGCUAUUAUCAUAAGAAGAAUGGUAUGGUUUGGGGCCUGAAUCCGCAGUGUCUUUUAAGUUUCCCCAUUACGCUGCGAGCGGGCAAGCGGGGCUACAUCAUCGACACCAGGUCCCUCAACGUCGCCCAGCAGGCCAGGGCCAAAGGAGGAGGUUUUGAGCAGGAAGCUCACUAUCCCCAGUGGAGGAGGAUUCACAAAUCCAUCGAGAGGUUCAAUAUUCUGCAGGAAAGCCUCAUCAAGCUCGUGGAAGCCUGUAAUGACCAGUCGCACAAUAUGGACCGUUGGCUCAGUAAACUGGAGGCCUCUAACUGGUUGACUCACAUCAAGGAGAUACUGACUGCAGCUUGUCUGGCCGCUCAGUGUAUUGACAGGGAAGGAGCCUCAGUUUUAGUUCAUGGGACUGAAGGGACCGAUUCUACACUCCAGGUAACCUCUCUGGCACAGAUUAUCUUGGACCCAAGAUGCAGGACCAUCCGUGGCUUUGAAUCGCUUGUUGUGAGAGAGUGGCUUCAGGCUGGCCACCCGUUUCAGCAGCGCUGUGCCCAGUCAGCCUACUCGAACAGCAAGCAGAAGUGGGAAGCCCCGGUGUUCCUCCUCUUCUUGGACUGUGUGUGGCAGAUCCUGCGCCAGUUCCCCUGCUCCUUCGAGUUCAACGAGCACUUCCUCAUCAUGCUCUUCGAACACGCUUACGCCUCGCAGUUCGGGACAUUCCUGGGCAACAACGAGAACGAGAGGUCUAAACUGAAGCUGCAGACAAAGACUAUGUCCCUGUGGUCCUGGGUGAACAGGCCCCAAGAACUGAACAAAUACAAGAAUCCUCUUUUUGAGGCCAACAGUCUGGUCAUCUGGCCCUCCGUUGCCCCACAGAGCUUGCAGCUCUGGGAAGGUGUCUUUCUUCGGUGGAACAGGUCUUCCAAGUUCCUCGACGAGGCCUAUGAAGAAAUGGUCACCCUUAUAGAAUACAACAAGCAGCUCAAGGCCAAGGUUAAUGCACUGAGGAGGCAGUUAGCAGAGCUGGAGACAGAUGAUGGGAUGCAGGAGAACCCCUGAGCUUGCAGGGCUUUGGACUCGGGUGUUUCCUUUCAACUCCUUACACUAAAGACUCGACAUGGAAAGUGCAUGUGUUGCAGAGCCCUCCGGUGCAACAGGUCCUCAGUCCUCCCACUGCUGAAACCUUCACACUAUGUACACGUCCCUGCUUUUUUGGGAGAGAUCAGUUUUGUUUACAGAAGACGUGCACAACCAGGCGUGCUGUCCCCUCCUGGCAGCUUCUCUGGCUCUAAUAAAUUGGGUACAGUGUCGGUAUAAGCUGGAGCUCUCACCUCUGUCCAACUCUAUGGAUGACCAGGAUGGGCCAAGAGACAGGAGGUUUCGGAUUUAUUUUGGACCUU